AUGCGUUAUCAAAAUAGCAUCGCCUUCUUAGAGAGGAUCGACUCUGGUUUGUCCAGAGCUGGAAGCGGCUACCCCGUCAAUCGUCUGGGCGUGCACACUGCGAAUGAGGGAUUUACGGGGCUUGAAUUCGCCGGAGGGAUUCCGGGCACCGUUGGCGGCGGCGCUUACAUGAAUGCCGGAGCAAAUGGACAGGAAACGGGUGAUGCUGUGGAAAGCGUUGAGAUUAUGACGAGUGAGGCAGAGUACAAGAUUCUAAAGAGAGGCGACCUCAGUUUCGGAUAUCGAUGGUCUUCGUUUCAAGAGAUGAACGACUUGGCAGCCAUCACUGCUGUCACCUUCAAGCUCAAGGUCUUAGAAACAGCCAAGAAAAACCAGCAAGAAUACUUGGAAAGGAGGAGAUGCAGGCAACCAUUGGGGGAGAGAAGUGCUGGCUCAGUGUUCCGUAAUCCGCAGGGGACGGAGUUUUCAGCAGCGCAGCUGAUUGAGAGGGCCGGCUUGAAAGGAUGCAGAGUCGGAGGGGCUGUCACGCCAACUUCUUUAUCAACUGCGGUGGUGCAACUUGCCGCGGCAUGCUUGGACUCAUUGAGUUGGCCAAGGAGGCUGUGUGGAGGCAAUUUGAUGUAGAGCUUGAAGAAGAAGUCUUGUAUUUUCCUCCAUGAUGUCAGAAACUAGAAAUGCAAACUGAUGAGAAACUAAACUAAGCUGCUCUAUUGCUAUAUGCUAGUAAAUAGUAUCUGUAUAACACAUUAUACAUGUAAGAUGAAUCACUUGAUGAAAUCAGUAGAAAUGGCAUCUUCAUCGGCUA